AUGCGGAUCUACUGGUCUGACCGCAGUGGCCUAUUUCAGAGCAAUUCCUCCGAUCCAUGCCUCAGAAACGGCACAGCUACUGAGAGCAACCAGUGCGACUAUGACACAUUCCUUCCUGAUGAUCCUGACGAAAGUUACUUGGUCAUGGAACUCUCGCAACCCACUUCUCCACAUCCAGAAUUGGUCUGGGUGAUAUUGUUCGCUCUUUCGUACGGUUUUGCUACGUACACCUUUGAUGCAACAACUAUCUUUCCAAAUCUUCAGAAUGUCAUAGUCCCUGAGCCUCCACAGCCAAAUUCAACCAAAUCCACAGCAUUUAAUCCAGCGUGGGUGCUCGCCGCAUGGGGAGUCAACCCGGAUGGCAGCCUGUCUUCAAGUCGGGACGCGGUUCUCAAGCUCCAACAAUCAGCUCAGGCUGCGUUUUAUGAGACUAUAGUCAAUCCUCGCGAUUCCUCGAACUUUAUUGGAGCACUCAUGUACACCAUGGCUCAGGCGGCUUCCCUCGUCACGUUCACGAAUAGAACCAUUGAUGAUCCCUGGUUACAGCCGUUGAAGACCGACAACAGAACCGUGCUCUGGACGAACAUCAAGCAGGAGAUCUGGGGUUGGGAGAUCGGAUCACGCACUUCGAUUCUCGGUGUCGGGGUUGCCAUCGCUGGAAUCCUGACAGUCCUCGUUCGAACAGGGCUACUAAUCAUCAUGCGGGAGAAGCAGCGUGGGACUACGGAGAUCAUCGCAGCAGCGCUGCAGCAUCGGUACCACGGCGAGUUCGGUCGUGCUAUGAAGGAGUCAGAGCUUGCUCGUGUCAGAUAUCAGAUUGGACAAGAUGAGGAAACGGGGAAAUUGCGGUUUGUACCUUUGUGA